CAUGUGGACUGGAUUUUAACAGUAACGGGAACGUGCUUGCUGUGUUGUGAUUCAACCUAGACAGACAAGUGAUGUAUGUACCUCACGAUUUGGUCAACGACUAAUAUAACAAUCUAUUACAGUUUUUAUCCAUUAUCGUACAUUUCGCUGUGGAUCUCUCUGUUCUAAACGACAAAUGGUACGAUGGAAAAUUUAGAAUUGAGCCUGUCAUCACUUGGUACCAUAUCCAGACAUAUUGACAAAAGUCACAACGAACUCAGCAAGUAUUUAACUAAACAGAUAUGGAGCCAGCAGGACAGACAGAGCAUUCUGGUAUGUUUGUCUCAGCUGCUGUUGGAGAAGGACUAUACACUGCUGCUCGCCCGCCACCUCCGGCCGCUGAUCCUGGACCUGCUGGAGAGGAAUGCGCAGAGGAUCAAAGCAGACGGCAGAAUCAACCAUGAUCUCCACGAGCGCCUGUGUGUGGCGCUCAGCAAACUCCUCGGCGUCAGUCCCGAUGCACAGGCGUUUGCUGCGAGGUACUUCAACGAUGCCCCUCCGGUGUUCCAGAGGCUCUUCUUCACCAGUGAAGAGUCCUCGUCUGUCCAGUAUGGCCCCAGGAGGAUGAAGCUGCGGGACCUAAUGGGUGCUACCCUCCGCUUCCUCCAGAGCGACUGUGCCAAGUUCCGAGUCCUCUGGGACUGGAGUGCGUGUGUUUCUCAACUGCUCACCAGCGACAUCAUGGUUCGAGGUUACACUGCCCAGUGUCUGGCCCUGGUGUCCCACAUGACUGACAAUCAGAAAACCAUAUUUUUGAGAAAGGUGCUGUCGAGUGACGAGAUUCAGCACAUGAAGAUAAAGUCACUGGAGGAAACUCAGCAGUUUGAGGUAGAGAAGGCCCUGGUCCUGGCUAAUCAGGGCACUGUGAUGUGGCACCAGGAGAAGGGGAACAAAUUCACCCGGGGUCAGGUGGUGUCAGAAGACCUGUCCCAGACUGUGGUGGCUGUCUGUGGGGUGGUGCUACCUAGGAUCGCCCCCAAACAGACAGAACAGGGUAACCUAAAGGAUCUGGUGCUAGUGGAUUCGACCUGUCGCAACCUGAGGAGACUGGCCAUGGCAGUGGCAUCCCAGAAGGCUGUUCUUCUGGAAGGGCCCAUUGGAUGUGGUAAAACUGCACUGGUGGAGUUCUUGGCUGCCGUGACCGGACACACCAAAACACCAGAGAUUCUCAAAGUCCAACUUGGGGAUCAAACUGACAGCAAGAUGUUGCUCGGGAUGUAUCGCUGUACUGAUAUCCCAGGGAAGUUUGUGUGGCAGCCAGGCACCCUGACCCAGGCUGUCUCUAAAGGACACUGGAUCCUGUUGGAGGACAUUGACCAUGCUCCUCUAGAUGUGAUAUCUGUACUCCUUCCCUUGAUGGAGAAUAAGAAGCUGAUGAUCCCAGGACGGGAGGACUGCGUCGAAGUGGCCCCAGGCUUCCAAUUCUUUGCUACGAGAAGGAUGUUCCACAGUGCCGGAGGUUGGUACAGACCACAGAACACCCACGCAGCUCUCUUGGACAAGUACUGGACUAAACUGCAGAUGGGAAAUAUGGCACGAGAGGAACUGAAGAAGGUUCUGGUGAGCAGGUACCCUAACCUGACGGUUGUUGUGGAGCGCCUCCUGGAUAUUUACUGCCAGCUGACUGGGGAGAGUCAUCCUGACCCGGUGGCACUGGGCCACACAGACAGCCUGCAGCCCCCAGAGGUGUCCCAUCACAGGCUGGAAGGCAAGACCACGUCCCUUGAGGGGAGGGGACUGUCCCUGAGAGACCUACUGAAAUGGUGUGAUAGGAUCAGCAGUAACUUUGACAGCACCUCGUCUGCCACCGCUCAACAUGUCUUUCUGGAGGCCCUAGACUGCUUCACGGCCAUGCUAUCCCGACCAGAGAGUAGGCUACGCAUGGCUGAGGUCAUCGGGAGCAAGCUCAACAUCUCCAAAGAGAAGGCCGCACAUUUCUGCCAGAUGUACAAGCCUGGCAUCUCUGGGACGGAGUUGGAGGCCUCGGUGGGCAGAGUGACCCUGGAACGGAAGCAGAAUGAAGUGGUCCGCAUCUGCAACGAGAAGCAAACAUUUGCUGCCACGCGACCCUCUGCGGUGCUUUUGGAACAGCUAGCUGUGUGCGUUACCAAGGGGGAACCCAUCCUCCUGGUUGGCGAGACGGGCACGGGCAAAACGUCCACUGUGCAGUACCUGGCUGGACUCACUGGACACAGGUUACGGGUGGUGAAUAUGAACCAGCAGAGCGACACAGCUGACCUGCUAGGAGGGUAUAAACCAGUGGACCACAAGCUGAUCCUGCUUCCCCUGCGUGAGGCCUUCGAGGACGUGUUCUCCCAGACGUACUCCCGCAAGCAGAACCUGACCUUCCUGGGCCACGUGCAGACCUGCUUCAGGGGCAAGCGCUGGCCGGACCUGCUCAAGCUCAUGGACCACGUCUGCAAGUCGGCCCUCGGCAAGUCGGAGCUGCAGGAGAAGAACAAUGCUGCCUUGCUGCAGGACCAGUGGGAAGCCCUGGCCGUGAGGCUGGCUCAAACCCAGCAGCAGAUCAGAGCCUGUGAGACCACACUGGUCUUUGCCUUUGUGGAGGGGACUCUGGCCCAGGCGGUGAAGAAAGGAGAGUGGAUCCUGCUGGAUGAGAUGAAUCUGGCUGCAGCAGAGACCCUGGAGUGUCUGAGUGGCCUGCUGGAGGGCACCGCUGGCUCUCUGGUGCUGCUGGACCGCGGAGACACUGAGCCCCUGGUUCGCCAUCCAGACUUCCGUCUCUUUGCCUGCAUGAACCCAGCGACUGACGUGGGGAAGAGGAACCUGCCCCUGGGCAUCAGAAACAGGUUCACUGAGCUGUAUGUGGAAGAGCUGGAGAAUGAGGGAGACCUGCUCAUCCUGGUGUCUGACUACCUGAAAGGAUUGAACCCUAAUAAAAAAGUCAUCAACGGCAUCAUAAGCUUUUACCUGGCGGUGCGUAAGGAGGCUACCUCCAAGCUGGUGGAUGGGACAGGACACCAUCCCCACUACAGCCUGCGUACCCUCUGCAGGGCGCUGAAGUACGUGGCAGCCAACCCCUGCCACAGCGUCCAGCGCUCUCUCUACGAGGGCUUCUGUCUGAGUUUCCUCACCCAGCUGGACCGCAGCUCCCAUCCCAUGGUCCAGAAACUGGUGUGUCAACACAUCAUGGGGGGAAACAUCAGGUGUCUGAAGCAGCCCAUCCCGGAGCCCACUGGGCGGCCCUGCAUCCAGAUGGAAGGCUACUGGGUUUCCCAGGGGGAGAUGGAGCCAGCCCUGGACCCCAGCUACAUUCUUACCACCUCCGUCAAGCUCAACCUGCGUGACCUGGCCAGGGUGGUGUCCGCCGGGAGCCACCCGGUCCUGAUCCAAGGAGAGACAUCGGUGGGAAAGACCAGCCUGAUCAGGUGGAUAGCGGCCGCCACGGGGAACCAGUGUGUGAGGAUCAACAACCACGAGCACACAGACAUCCAGGAGUACAUGGGCUGCUACUCCUCUGACGGCAGGGGCAAGCUGGUCUUCAAAGAGGGCGUUCUGAUUGACGCCAUGAGAAAAGGCUACUGGAUCAUUUUAGAUGAAUUGAACUUGGCCCCUACAGACGUCCUGGAGGCCCUGAACAGACUGCUGGACGACAACAGGGAGCUGUUUGUCGCAGAGACACAGGAAGUGGUCAAAGCUCACCCCCGAUUCAUGCUGUUCGCUACCCAGAAUCCUCCUGGUUUCUACGGAGGCAGAAAGGUGCUGUCCAGGGCCUUCAGGAAUCGUUUUGUGGAGCUUCACUUUGACGAGUUGCCCAGUGACGAGCUAGAGACCAUCCUCCAGCAGAGAUGUAGUCUUCCUCCAUCCUACUGCUCCAAGCUGGUCAAGGUCAUGCAGGAUCUCCAGUCUCUUCGCAGGGGAUCCACAGUGUUUGCUGGGAAACAUGGCUUCAUCACCCUGAGAGAUCUGUUCCGCUGGGCCGACCGCUAUCGGCUGGAGGAGCAGACGGACGCCUCCCGCGAUUGGCUGCAGCAUUUAGCUGAUGAUGGGUUCAUGCUGCUGGCUGGGCGAGUGAGGAAGCCAGAGGAGGCCGCUACCAUCCAGUCUAUCCUGGAGAAACACUUCAAGAGGACGGUGAACCCUGACAACCUGUUCUCAGAGGAGCAGCUCACCACACAGUUUAGUCCGUCCGUGGACAGCAUCGCGGGAGUGCCUGAGGAGUUCCGUCACGUGGUGUGGACGCGGGGGAUGAGGAGACUGGCCGUGCUGGUGGGACGGGCCCUGCGUUUCGGGGAGUCCGUUCUAUUGGUGGGGGACACUGGGUGCGGUAAGACCACCAUCUGCCAGCUCUUUGCUGCGCUGGCCGGACAGAAGUUCUUCUCCCUCAACUGUCACCUGCACAUGGAGACGUCUGACUUCCUGGGCGGCCUGCGUCCUGUCAGACACACUGGGACACAGCAGGCGGACGCUGAGGACGGCAGGUUGUUUGAGUGGCACGACGGGCCCCUUGUCCUGGCCAUGAGAGAGGGAGGGGUGUUCCUCAUGGACGAGAUCUCCCUGGCUGACGACUCUGUGUUGGAGAGACUCAACAGUGUCCUAGAGACGGAGAAGUCUCUGGUGCUGGCAGAGAAAGGAAGUGGCGAUGACGACGACGUGGAGGUGAUUACAGCAGGGCAGAACUUCCGCCUGGUAGCCACAAUGAACCCUGGGGGAGACUUCGGGAAGAAGGAGCUCUCACCUGCACUGAGGAACAGGUUCACAGAGAUCUGGUGCCCCCAGAGUAACAGCCGCAGUGACCUGGUGCAGAUCAUCCAGCACAACCUGAGGACUGGCCUCUCAUUGGACGAUAGCGACCAACAAGGAGGACACAUCGCCGAGCUCAUGCUGGACUUCAUCGACUGGCUGACCAACCAGGACUUUGGGCGGCGCUGCGUGGUCAGCGUCAGGGACAUCCUGUCCUGGGUCAACUUCCUCAACCUGGUGUGUGAGCGAGACGCCGACGGCUUCAUGACCAUGGGGGACGAGGGAGAGGAGGAGGCCGAGUGGGAUCUCCGGCUGGACACAGUCACCGCCUUCAUCCACGCAGCGUGCCUGGUCUACGUGGACGGCAUCGGCUCAGGGACCACGUCGUCUGCUGCGGAGAACGCCCUGGUGGCGCGCAGGGCCUGUCUGAGCUUCCUGCGUACCAAACUGGGUGGGAUCACCAAGCUGGACCAGGAGAUGCUAGACGCGCUGAGGGUCUACGACACCAGCCUGUCCAGGGAGCCCCAUUGGGGGGACGACUUCUUUGGCAUCGACCCCUUCUACAUCCCCUCAGGCCCGGAGAGGGAAAGCAGGAGCCUGACUGACUAUGCCAUAGCCGCAGGCACUACAGCGGUCAACGCCCAGAGGCUCCUACGGGCCCUGAAGCUGCAGAGACCUGUGCUGCUGGAGGGCUCCCCUGGAGUGGGCAAGACCAGCCUGGUGGCCGCCCUGGCAAAGGCUUCUGGGAACCACCUGGUCAGGAUCAACCUCUCUGAGCAGACUGAUGUGACAGACCUGUUUGGGACCGACCUGCCUGUGGAGGGAGGAAAAGGGGGAGAGUUUGCAUGGCGGGAUGGCCCUCUCCUGGCUGGACUGAAGGCUGGACACUGGAUUGUCCUGGAUGAGUUAAACUUGGCAUCACAGUCGGUCCUGGAGGGGUUAAACGCCUGCUUUGACCACCGUGCUGAGAUCUACAUCCCAGAGCUGGGCAUGAGCUUCCAGGUACAACACGAGAAGACCAAGCUCUUUGGCUGCCAGAACCCCUUCACCCAAGGAGGGGGGCGCAAGGGCCUGCCCAAAUCCUUCCUCAACAGAUUCACUCAGGUGUUCGUGGAUCAACUGACCAGUGAGGACAUGGAAUUCAUUGGAGACUCCAUCUUCCCGAACAUUGACAAUCAGAUCAUCUCUAAAAUGGUGCAGUUCAACAACCGGCUGGUCCAUGAGGUGUCUGUGGAGAGGAAGUGGGGUCAGAGAGGAGGCCCCUGGGAGUUCAACCUGCGUGACAUGUUCCGCUGGUGUCAGCUGAUGCAGGCCGACCAAUCGCCAGGGUUCUUCAACCCGGGUCAGCAUGUGGGGUUGGUGUACGCUGAUAGGAUGAGGACCGAGGCAGACAAAGCCCAGGUGCUGUCUGUGUUCAGGAAGGUGUUUGGUGAGGACUUUGAGCCCUACACCGGAUCAAGACAAUUCCACAUCACUCCACUCAAUCUGCAGGUGGGCUUCUCUGUGCUCCAGCGUAGCGGAGGUGCCCCUGUGGCCCUGGACCCUCCUCUGUCCAUCACCCACCAGGCGCUGCGGCCCCUGGAGUCCCUGAUGAAGUGUGUGGAGAUGGGCUGGAUGGCGGUGCUGGUGGGCCCCACGGCCAGCGGGAAGACCAGCCUGGUGCGCCUCCUGGCCCUGCUCACCGGACACCGCCUCCGCGUCAUGGCCAUGAACAGCGCCAUGGACACCACCGAGCUGCUGGGAGGGUUCGAGCAGGUGGACAUCGUGCGGCCCUGGCAGCAGGUGCUGGAGAACGUGGACUACAUCGUCGCCAUGGUGACGCGGCGGGGUCUGAUGUCGCUGGACGGAGCGGGGGUGCAGGACACCGAGUUCCUGUUGAAGACCUGGAGCCUGUUCUACCGCCGGCUGAAGGAGGAGGGGCUGGAGAGGACCGGGGGGGCGGUGACCUCGGAGGCGCUCAACAAACUGGAGGUCAUCAUCCUCCUGCUGCAGAAGCUCAACACCAAACUCAAGGUGUUCACGGACAUGUCCAAGCUGCAGAUGGACUUCACCCUGCUGAAGGAGCGUCUGGCCCAGCUGCAGGACGGCUGGAGUAACGGAGGCUUUGAGUGGCUGGACGGCAUGCUGGUGCAGGCCCUGCAGGCUGGGGAUUGGCUGCUCAUGGACAACGUCAACUUCUGCAGUCCCUCUGUGUUGGACCGUCUGAAUGCCUUGCUGGAGCCCGGCGGCUGUCUGACCAUCAACGAGCGCGGGGUCAUCGACGGAACCACCCCCUCCAUCACCCCACACCCCAACUUCAGGUUGUUCCUGACCAUGGACCCAAUCCAUGGAGCGAUCUCCAGAGCCAUGAGGAACCGAGGUGUGGAGAUCUACAUCCCAGGGGAACACGAGGGGGUCUGCUGGGACACGCUGGACCUGAAGACUGUACUCCACACCGCCGGGGUGACCGGAGACUGUGUGUGUGACCUGCUGAUCGAGAUACACACCGACAUCAAAGCUACCAUCUGGGACUCCCCUGCGUCAUGCGUCUCCUCCCUGCUCCACGCUGCAGCCCUCCUGUCCUGCCAGCUGCAGAGAGGGGUGGACCUGCCCAGUGCCCUACAGCACGCCUGUGGGGAGGCCUACUCCCUCUGCCAACGCACCAACGCCAGCCAACAGCAAGCCCAGGAGGUGAUUGAGCGUCGCCUGUCCAUCCUGGACACAGAGGACUGGGGCAGCGGGCUGCUGUGUGCCGGGGUGUGGCCCGACGGCUUCCCCUCCGCCCUGCUUUCCACGGAGGACUCCUGCUUCUCCUCGGUCCUCCGCGACGGACAGGUCCUCUCCUUCUGCCUCAACACGCUCAGCAUGCAGGGCAAGAGGAGCCGUCCGCUGAGCCUGUGUGACCUCCAGAGGGCGCUUCAGAGCGGGACAGCGCUGCACGAGGGUCUGGUGUUCUCCGGCGGCGUGGUGGACCUGGUGGAGGAUGGUGACGCCCUACGCCUGCUACCCACCGCCGUCAGGCUGCUCAUCGAAAGGGCCUCGCACUCCGACUGGAUGCUCCGCACCGCCUGGCUCUCCAGCCUAGCCAAGAGCUACAAGCACGCCCCUGAGGUGGCACUGGUGCAGCUGGAGGCAGGGAACAGAGCUCUGAAGGCCUUGUUCAGCAGCAAGCUGACUGUGAAGGGGAAGUGCCUCACUGAGCUGCUGCAGCCACACAGCACAGAUGACUACAGGAUUCUGGUGGACAUGCGUUGGAACAAGCAGUACCUGGACAUUCUGGCCAACACGUGCAACUUUGAGGACGAGGAGAGGUACAUGGAGUUCAUGGAGGCUCUCAACGCAGUGGCCAACAGGAUCAUACUGUUGACGGACAGAGAGGAGAGGGCCGCGGUGGGAAGCUGUGCUAUCAAGACAUCAGCACACAACAGCGCGUUGAGGCUGGCCACUGCUUUCUCCAAAGGGACGGUGGACAUUGGUCGUCUGCCUCACCCAGUGCUGAUGCACCUGCGCUCCUUCUUUGACCUGUGGGACGCCUUCACACUGCAGGCCGUGCAGACUGGACAACCCUACAUAUCUGACCACCUCAUGUUCGAGAUCCUGCAGCUGCUGCAGUGGAGAGACCGGUUCUGGCAGGUGUGUAACUCGCUGCCUGCCGACUCCCAGGGAGUGUCGGUCCUCUCGCUACACUGGCAGUGGGUCCAGAAACACCUCAUCCUCCGGCUGCCACAGCUGCUACUGGGAGAUGGCACCCAUGAUGGUCAGCAGGAGCUCCAGACGGUGUCGGCUGCCAUCCAGACCGUCCUGUCCACUUCUGUUACCGUGGCCACCGCCCUGAAGGGGAUCCAGAAGACGCUGGGGAAACCCCUUCCAUUCAAGCUGGAGUCUGUGGCUGAGUGUGCUUCCCAGCUGAGGGUCCUGAGCAGGGCCCUGGACGUGGGCGACCUGAGGCUGGACAACACAGCCUCCCUGUGGAGACAGGAGCUGGUCCGCCUGCAGGGAGCCGCCCUGGGCCUGGACACCAAGGAAAGACUGCUAGAAGCCUGGGGCCUGGUCCUGCUAGCCAACAACCAGCUAGAGCCCCAGAACUCCGGUGUCCUAGAGAGGCUGGUGUCGUGCGUCCAGCAGCAGCAGGAUCACAUGACCUCGUGCGGCCUUCUGGAGGUACGCCCCUCCAUGCAUGACGAGGGGGACCAGGGGGACAGCGCCCCUCCCUGUAGAGAGGUGCUCCAGCAGCUCAGCCGCAGGGCCCAGCUCUGGCCUCUCAUGGAGGAGCUGGCCGUACUCAACCAGCUCCGGCUCAGCACCGACCUGCUGCAGCUGGCUCUCACACAGGGGGACAGGGAGUCAGAGGACAGCCUGCGUCGUGAGGUCUCCCAACACCUGCGCUUCUGUCUCCAGUCCACCCCCAUGAACGUCAGCCAGCUCCAGCCCCUCUGGUUCCUCCUCAGCAGUGACCGGCCUGUGGAGGAGCUGCAGUUUGUGUGGUGUGAUCUGCUGUCGGAGGCCCUGUCAGCCCUGUGGAGCAGCAGUGUGACCGCUGACCCCGAGCGCUGGCUGAAGUGGGACCCCCUGUGUCCCGAGGGCCAGAUGAUAUCAUCCAAGUCACCUCUGGGACCUGGAAAAAUGGGUCCUGACAUGCUGAGCAAAGCAGUGUGGUCCAGGUGCAUGUUAGGGGUUCUUAGCAGCAGCGAGACAGGGGGACGUUGGGACCCCACGGGGAGGUCCCUCCUAUCCUCGUCCCGGGUCACCCUGGGGGAGUGGAGGGAGAGGACCGAGCAGCUCCAAGACGUUACCGCCGUGCUGUGGGACAACAUGGCUGUUCCGGCCCUGGCCGAGUUCAGGAGUACUGACCUGCGGCUGCAGGGCGUGGUGCUGCGCAGGCAGCUACAGUCCCUGUCAGAGCUGCUCCCCCCGGGGCUGCAGGAGGGCUACACCGAGACCUGCGAGAGCCUGGUGGACGACCAGGACCCUCUGGUAGCUGCCCAGGAGGUCCAGACCGCCCUCAGGGAUUUCCUGCCCUCCAACCUGCUCCCCGAAGGCCUGCUGGACGCCCUCCUCACCUGCCUGCAGCAGUUUGUCCAGAACAGGGUCCAGGGCUCCAUCCGCGUCCAGGGCUUCAGCCAGCUGGUCCGCUCCGGGGUCUUCUGGGUCAACAUGGGCCUGCUGCAGAUUAAGACCUGGACCCCACAGACCAUCUUCGACCCGGCCGUGAAGAGGGCCUACAAGCUGGACUACGCCCAGGAGGAGCUGGCUUUGCUGCAGGAGGAGUGGCGAGGACGCAGUCUGUCCUCUCAGCUGCUGACGGGAGUUGAGCUGGAGGAGAGCAGCAUCACCGACGGCUUCCAGCAUCCUCGCAUCAGGUACCUGUGGAUCCGUAUGCAGCAGGUGAAGGAGCAGAUAGCAGAGCUCUCCAGGAAGCAGGCCUGCAGGCCCAACGAGCCCCAGUACGGCAAGCUGUUCCAGGAGCUGCAGCACUACCUCUGCAGCAUCGGCCAGCCGGCCACUGUGGAAGACCUGCUCUCCCACCUGCUGAAAGCCCUCCAGGGGAGCGGCCCCAAAUUCAGGUCGGGGACUCAGGGCCUGCUGAAGGAGGAGGCUGUGUGGCAGGCCUCGCAGCACCGCUUCGCCCAGAGGCUGGUGGAGGAGUACCCGCUGUACCCUGACGUGGUGGGGCCACUGAGGACCGCCAUCCUCCAGCUCCGGCACGGCAUGAGGCUGGUGGCAUCCCAGGUGGACUCCUCCCUAAACCCCAUUCCUGGCCUGCCCAAGCUGGUGUCCUGCCUACUGGCCUUCCCUUCCAUCUCCCCCAGCCUGCCCUCUUACCUGGCCAGGGCAGACUACCUGUGCUCCAGGGGCUGCAUGGAUGUUCUGAGGGGCCUAGGGAAGCUCUUGCCCCAGCCGGACCCGGAUCACGUGGUCCCAGAGCCAGGGACGUUACUCCUGAACGCUCUGCUGUACCUGCAGUGUCACGCCCUCUCCACAGGCCAGCUCAGCCAGGACACACUCAAACUCUUCAGACACAUCUGUCAGGCUCUGGUGAACGAGUGGGACGAGCAGGAGANGGGGUCUUCUGGGUACCUGUGGAUCCGUAUGCAGCAGGUGAAGGAGCAGAUAGCAGAGCUCUCCAGAAAGCAGGCCUGCAGGCCCAACGAUCCCCAGUACGGAAGGCUGUUCCAGGAGCUGCAGCACUACCUCUGCAGCAUAGGCCAGCCGGCCUCCAUAGAGGAUCUGCUCUCCCACCUGCUCAAGGCCCUCCAGGGGAGCGGCACCAAAUCCAGGUCGGGGACUCAGGGCCUGCUGAAGGAGGAGGCCGUGUGGCAGGCCUCGCAGCACCGCUUCGCCCAGAGGCUGGCGGAGGAAUACCCGCUGUACCCUGACGUAGUGGGGCCCCUGAGGACUGCCAUCCUCCAGCUGAGGCAUGGUAUGAGACUGGUGGCAUCCGAGGUGGCCUCUUCCCUUACCCCGAUUCCAGGCCUGCCCAAGCUGGUGUCCUGCCUGCUGGCCUUCCCCUCUGUGUCCCCCAGCAUGCCUUCCUACCUAGCCAGGGCAGACUACCUGUGCUCCAGGGGCUGCAUGGAUGUUCUGAGGGGCCUAGGGAAGCUCUUACCCCAGCAGGACCUGGAUCACGUGGUCCCAGAGCCAGGGACGUUACUCCUGAACGCUCUGCUGUACCUGCAGUGUCACGCCCUCUCCACAGGCCAGCUCAGCCAGGACACACUCAAACUCUUCAGACACAUCUGUCAGGCUCUGGUGAACGAGUGGGACGAGCAGGAGAGACGUGCGCGGGAGAGAGAGCAGCUCGAGGCCAGUCUGUACCGUCACCGCAGCAGACUCCACGGAACGGGCCUGAGCGAGGACGAGCAAGAGGAGAGGGACUUCAGACGCUGCUUCCCCCAGUUUAACAAGGACUUUUCUGACAUCACUGCCCAGCCCAGUCUGGAAGGACCGGCAGACAGGGGAGAGCCAGAGGAGGAGGAAGUGAUAGAAGAUCCCAGCGAAGCUGGCUGCCUGUCUCCAGCCUGUAUGAACACUGUGGUACAGGUCCAUCAACGCCUCUGUCUGGGCUACACCCAAUCACUGUGGUACCAGGCCAGUGCUCCAGCCAAUCACAGCGGAGAUCACAUCCGAGCUCUGGUCUCCUCCUAUCAGACCACAGCCCCUGUGAUUUCACGCUUCUACCAUCUCAUGGACUCUGAGAUGGACCAGCAGAUGACAGGCACCCAGCUGCUCCUCAGCGCCCUGCUCCAGAACACUGUCCAGGGGACCCCGGGGCCCGAGGGCCUGACCCUCCAGCCAGACGGGCCCUAUGACUUCUACCAGCAGCCCAACAUGAGCGAGGCCCGCAUGUGUCUGCCUGUACUAGAACAGCUGGCCCUGGCCGUCAGACAGAGGCUGGAGGAUUGGCCCGAGCACCCCGCCCUAGUGCAGUUGACGGUGGUGAUGGAGAGGAUCAUGGGCUUCGGUCUGGCCAGCCCACUGGCCAAGUUCCUCAACGGCCUGGAGAUCCUGCUCAGCAAAGCCCAGGACUGGGAGAACAACGCCAGCCGCAAGGUCUCUCUGAGGAGGGAGCUGGAGCCUGUCACUAACCUCAUUAUCCAGUGGCGCAAACUGGAGAUCAACUGUUGGUCCAGCAGUCUGGACAACGCCUUGAAGCGUCACACAGAGAGAUCCACCAAGCACUGGUUCUCCCUCUACCAGCUGGUUGAGAGGUACCUGGAGGAGCAGAGGAUGGACACCAGCACAGUAGAGGGCGAUCUGUCUCUGGAGAGUCUGUCCCUGUCCACGGUGUCGUCCACGCUGCAGGCCUUCAUGGAGGGUUCCACCCUAGGGGAGUACCACACGCGGCUGGCCAUGCUGCUCAGCUUCCACUGCCACCUCCUCCUGGCCCCCAGCCAGCACGGAAAAGAACCUCUCUGCAGUCUCCUCUGGAAUCUGCACAAGUACUACACACAGUUCUCAGAAUGUAUCCAGACCAAAGUCACUCAGCUCCGCCAGCCCAUUGAGAAGGAGCUCAAGGACUUUGUGAAGAUCUCCAAGUGGAACGACGUCAGUUUCUGGUCCAUCAAACAGUCGGUGGACAAGACCCAUCGCACCCUGUUUAAGUUCGUGAAGAAGUUUGAGGCAGCGCUGAGCGGGCCGUGUGCCCCGGCACUGAUGGAGCAGGGCGGCAGUGCCAGCCUGGACAGUGUGGAUGCCAACCAAGAGAACACCCCGUUGCACAGGCUUCACCAUGCCCUGAAGAACGCCCUCCCUGGCAAGGCCAGAGACCUACAGAGUGAGUCCCCAGAGGAGGGCCUGGCAGGUGUGGAGCCCUCAUCUCUGCAGGGCCGUCUUCCCCUCCUCACCAGGAAGAUGAGGAAGAUGUGUGUGACCCUGGUGAAGAAGAACCCCCUGCCCGAGCUCUCUGAGGACCUGGACGUCUUCACCGGGGAGAUCAUCAGCAACCUGCGUGACCUCCAGAGCCUCACGAUCGACCUGAAAGCCGAGAAGGAGAAGCAGAAGUCUGAGGUCAAACACAUCCUCCAGCAGAAGCAGAGGGCCCUGUCUGACCUCUUCAAGAUGCUGGCUGAGAUCGGUCUGUCCUACCGUAAGGGCCUGAACUGGAACAGGACAGCGGACCCAGAGGAGACCCUGUGUCUGCAGCCGCUGGAGCUGCAGACCGCCCUGGCAGCAGUCAGGACCCAGGAGCAGGCCGAGAACAGUUUGUUUACUGAGAUGAGCGCUGCGUGGGACGGCUGUCAGAAGUACUUCUACCGCUCCUGGACCCGCAGAACGGCCAUGAUGACUGCUCUCCAGAGCGCUGCUAAGGAGCUGGGGAUUGGGAACAUUGAUCGGUGCCGAGGCUUCUCCUCCCACCUGUUCAAGCUGCUGCUCAGACAGAGGCGACGCCUGGCCAAGCUCACUGAGCAGUGGGUCCACCACAGGAGGCUAACAGUCAGUGUUCAGGGCAUCCAGGCUCACCUCCAGGCCCACAGUGAGGACCGUGGUGGCCUUCCCCCCCAGGCUUCUCUCCAGGGCUGGGUGAUCAAGGCCCAGGGCCUGUCGGCGCAGUGUGUCACCCUCCUCCAACAGCUCUCCUGGCUGCUGCAGUGUUGCCCUGAGGGGCCCCGGCAGACGGACGGGUCAGGCGGGCAGAGGGAGCCCACCCUGAGGUGCCCGUCCCCCCUGGCGUCUCAGAGGCAGCCCCCUGGGUGUUUGCUGAGGAGGGGAGACCCGGCCUGGAGCCAGCUGAGUCAGCGCGUGGCGGACAUGUUGGGUCAAACCCAGAGCCUGAAGGAGGAGCUGGAUGCAGUGGCACUGCAGUCCACACAGGGGGCGCUGCACUCCUGGAGCCACUUCUCUGUGUGUUGCUCAGGCUAUGACCGGCUGGGUUCCGUGACGGCGCAGAUGCCCGCGGUGGAGCAGCUGUUCACCACCCCCGAGGGCACGGCCGACACCCAGCCUGGCCUGACCCGGGGCUUGCAGUACGUCAGAGGAGAGGUGGAGGCCGCCCUGACGGAGUUCACCACCUGGAAGACCCAGCUACUCUCCCUGGGCCACGGACACACAGAUUACCAGCAAACAUUCCGCUCAGAGUUCUCUGCUGAACUUGAAAGGGCCAUCAACACUGUGCUGGUUGCCGUGCAGACCCUGGUGAAGAGGAGGGAGGGGGAGCAGCAGGGAGAACAGCAGACAGACACCAAGAGAGAAGGUGAGGAGGAGGCGCCCCAGGAGGACCUGCUGAAGCCUGGUCACCUGAGCCGUCUGCUGGAGGAGGAGUUAGGAGCCGAAGUGGCGUCUCUCUCCCUGGGGGAGGUCAGCGACACGCUGGAACAGCUAGUGGAGAGACUCCGAGUCCACCGAGACUCUUGUCCAUCUCACCAGCUACAGGAGCUGAGUGAGGCGUGCAGGCUGCUGGCGCGUCUGGAGCCCAUGCUGGGGCUGUACUCAGAGCUGGUACGCUAUUACCUGGCCGUGUCACUGGGAGCGCACAGGAGCACUGGGAAACUGCUCUCUGUCCUGGCCGGCAUCUUCACUGAGCUAGCCCAGAAGGGCUUCUGUCUACCCCAGGAGCUGAUGGAGGGAGGGGACGGAGAGGGGGCCACAGAGUUCCAUGACUAUGAGGGCGGUGGCAUCGGAGAGGGAGAGGGCACCAAAGACGUCAGCGACAAGAUCGAGAAUGAAGAGCAGGUGGAGGACACGUUCCAGGAAGGCCAGGAGAAGAAGGAGGAGGAGCCUGACAAGAAGAACAUUGAGGAGGAGGACAACGCCAUCGAGAUGUCCGAGGACUUUGACGGCCAGAUGCAUGAUGGAGACCAGCAAGAGCCAGGUGAAGAUGACAAGGAGGAGUCUGACAAAGAGGAGGAUGAAGAUCUGGAUAAGAAGAUGGGUGACCUGGGCGAGGGCCAGACGGACACGCUGGAUGAGAGGAUGUGGGGUGAUGAUGAGGAUGAUGAAGAAGAAGAGGAGGGCAGUGACAAGGAGGAGGUGUCAGGCCAAGGAAUGGACCAGGGGGAAUCAGAGCUGGUCGCCAAGGACGACAACCUGGAUGCAGCAGACCCCAAAAAAGACAAGAACAAAGACGACAAAGACCAACAGUUGGACGAGGAGGAGGAGAAGAUCCACGAACAAGGGGACGAGCGGGAGUUUGAUGAGAACGAGGUGGACCCGUACCACGGGAAGCAGGAGAAGAAGCCUGACCCGGAGGCCAUGGAGCCUGCUGGGGACGAGGGGGAUGGAGAGGGAGAGGGAGAAGAGGAAAACCCGUUCGACAUUGACGAGAAGCCCAUGGAGCUGGACGAGAAGGAGGGGGCAGAGAAAGAUGAGGAGGGAGGAGCGGAGGAGAUGGCUGAAGAUCAGACAGACAAACAAGGAGAGGAGGAAGGCCAGGAACCCAAGACUGAGGAGGAAGAGGGAGGUGGAGGAGAACAAACAGAGGAGGACAAAGAGGCGGCCGAGGAGGAUGAUGAGGAGGAGAAGGACGAAGGACGGGAGGCAGGGAAAGAGGAGGACAUGGCCAUCCCUGCAAACGAAGGCCAGAAACCUAAGGAGGAGGAAGAGGAGGGUACGGGUGAGGAUGAGGAGCAGCCAGAGUCGGCAGAGAGGAAGGAGCACAACACGGACGGUCAGACGGGAGAGGAGAACGUCCAGAGUGAGACGGCCGUGGAGCUGGCAGGAGAAGCAUCCGAGAGAGACCAAGCUAAAGAGGAGCACGGUAGCGGAGCGGCUGAUGCCAGUCAGUCAGAGGGACACGAGUCCAAACUCAUGGCAAGGAUGUCCUCUCAGAAACAGAGCCAGAGCAAGACACAGAGCUUCAAGAGGAAGCCUGGUCAGGCGGACAACGAGCGCUCGACGGGCGACUACAACGAGCGCAUCAGCAAGCGCCUGCGAACAGUGGAGAGCAGUACGGAGAAGACGCAGCAGAACAACCAGACCGAGGCCCAGCAGGAGUCGGACCUGUACGAGCACAUCAAACAGGGAGAGACCGCCUACGACACACAGACAUACGAUGUUGCCAGUGCAGACCAGCAGAAACCAGCCGGAGCCCCCCAAGAGGAGGACCAAGAGGAUGAGGACAUUGCUAUGGAUACAGAGGAGCAGGAAGAGGACCUGCAGGCUGUUGAAGCCCAGGAGUUGAAGCCAGAGAAGCUGGAGUCGAACAGAGCGUCGCAGAAAGGUCUAGACAGCGGAGAGCUGGAGGCUCAGAGGCAGUGUGAGGAGGACGAGGAGAGGCCAAAAGACACACAGGGUCACAGUGACGAGGAGCACCCAGAGAGGAGCACAGAGUCUACCUUCCACACCGUCCCAGAGCUGCUGAUGGACACACUGCAGAACCCAGUCCGCGACCCAGAGGAACUGAGGAGGGAGAUGGAGCUGCAGCUGGAAGCCUGGAUGAAACAGGCCCCUGGAGACCGGGAGGAGGAGAGUGCAGCGACAGCCAUGUGGCACCAGUACCAGACGUUGACCUCGGCCCUGUCCCAGCAGCUGUGCGAGCAGCUCCGUCUCAUCCUAGAGCCCACGCAGGCGGCCAAGCUCAAAGGAGACUUCCGCACAGGGAAGCGUCUGAACAUGCGGAAGGUGAUCCCGUACAUCGCCAGUCAGUUCCGUAAAGACAAAAUCUGGCUGAGGAGGACCAAGCCCAGCAAGAGAGAGUACCAGAUCUGUUUGGCCGUGGACGACUCCUCCAGCAUGGUGGACAACCACUCCAAACAGCUGGCCUUUGAAUCCCUGUCUGUUAUUGUCAACGCUCUCACUCUCCUGGAGGUCGGGCAGGUGUCCGUGUGCAGCUUUGGUGAGACGGUGCAGCUGCUCCAUCCGUUCCAACAACAGUUCAACGACCAGUCUGGCGCCAGGAUACUGAGGCUCUGUCAGUUCCAGCAGAAAAAGACCAGGAUAGCCCAGUUCCUGGAGACCUCAGCCAACAUGUUUGUGGCAGCUAAGCAGCACCGCCCUGGAUCCAUGAACACAGAGACAGCCCAGCUGCUGCUCAUUGUGUCGGACGGCAGAGGGCUCUUCCUGGAGGGGAAGGAGAGGGUGACGGCGGCUGUGCAGGCGGCUCGCAGCGCCAACGUCUUCGUCAUCUUCGUGGUGCUCGACAACCCAAACUCCAGGGAUUCCAUCCUGGACAUCAAGGUGCCCAUCUUCAAAGGUCCAGGAGAGAUGCCUGAGAUCCGCACCUACAUGGAGGAGUUCCCCUUCCCGUUCUACGUGAUCCUGCGGGACGUCAACGCCUUGCCAGAAACCCUGAGUGACGCACUGAGGCAGUGGUUCGAGCUCGUCACGGCAACCGACCAGUAGAAACCAUCUUAGAAGGCAGCAACCAACCGCACAACGCCACUCUGCUGCUAGCCUCGCGAACAACACACGGACUCAAGAAACAAAACAGGACUCACAAAGAAAGACGGACUUGCCGCUGUGUAUGUGCCUUUUUAUCUCAUUUUGUUUUUUUACUGUAGUUUUAGUAGACUGUAGAGUUUGAUAGCGACUUCCGCCCAUUUAGUCCUCGACUUCAGGCCAGGGGGAUUCUGGAAGUUCUUUCGUAAUGUAAUAAGCAUUGCUUUAACUUGCACGUCUAUAACAAAUGAUUAGAAAAGGAUACAAAAUGUGAUUCCCUUCCGUGUAAACGACCUCAGUGAAGAGAUACUGUACCUCUUUCCCCUGUGUACUAUAACCCCCUUCAUGUCGUAUGGAUGUUUUCACUGUUACACGCUCAUCAUCAAGUCAUUCUACUUCCAUGUGAACACAUCAACUGAUAAUGUGCGGAGCUGACAGUAGUGUUGUGAUGAAGUUGUUUUUGGACAACUGUUUGCAAAGAACAAAAAAAUAAGAAAAGCACCCCUUUCGUUAUAUCAUGGCAAAACAAAAGCAUGCCGAUAUGGUCUUGAUCCAUUUCUAAAGUAAUCCCAAAAUUGUGCCUUGAAGAAAUGUUAUUGCAUCUCACUUAACACCCAUGUGCUUAUAAAAUAAUCCAUUAUUUACAUGGAAAUUAUCAUUCUGCCCAAAUGUGUUAUUCAUAUAAAGCUUAACCCUCUCUCUCUCAUUAAAUGUCAAGGUUUUGGGAAAAUUUAAGCACAAGGACGGCUAAUAACAAUUUUGAUAAACGCUCCAAUCGAUGCCAUUUCUCUGGUCUAAGAGACAUAUCCACUACAUCUUACUGUAGAUAAGGUUCAUUCACUGACAUGAAGACACCAUUAGGAAAUGUCAUUGCUGUGGCCAUAUGGAACACAGUUGUAACUAAGUAAACAUAUGAUAUUCAUGGAAGUUUUUUCUUCAUACCAUCCAUAAAUCACAUCAUAUGACAUGAUACAUUGUAUGAUGAUAAUAAACUUUUUAAUCUGUG